AUGGCACCAACAUUAUUAACUGAAGAACAAAGAAAAGAAUUAAUCCCAAAAGAUUGGGAAAUGGUUGUUGGUAGAGAUGCAAUCAAAAAAACUUUUACAUUUAAAGAUUUUAAUCAAGCUUUCAGUUUUAUGACUAGAGUUGCAUUAGUUGCUGAACAAAUGAACCAUCAUCCAGAAUGGUUCAAUGUUUAUAAUAGAGUUGAAAUUACACUCGCAACUCAUGAUUGUUCUGGUUUAUCUGUUAAUGAUACUAAAAUGGCAGAUAUUAUGAAUCAAUUUUUUAAUCAAUUACAUCAAUAA